AUGAAAGAUGUAUUUAGAAGACAUAAGCGAUUGGUUGUAUUUGAUAUGGAUUCUAUUUUAAUAAAACAAGAAGUUAUUGAUGAAAUUGUCAGAUUAGCAGGUGUGAUUUAUGUAGCGGCAGCAAUCACGGAAUCUGCCAUGAACGGAACACUUGUUAAAGAUAAUUUAGUUUAUACGGGAGGUGCAAAAUCUCUUUGUAAAGCGUUAAAAAAAGUAGGAUUUAAAUUAGCUGUUAUCUCUGGUGGGUUCAUUCCUCUCGCUAGACACAUAAGUUUCAAGCCGAUGGUCAUUUACAAGAGACUUUUAGGACCAAUCGUUGAUGGAGAACGUAUAGCAUUUAAUGCUAAACCACGUGUGCAAGAAAAGAUAAAAAAACGUCUCAUUGAAUGUCACUAUGGUCAAAGUUGUUUAAUAGAAACUUAUGAAAAACGUAGUUGA